UGCAGAGGACGAGUCCCUGUGCUGUCACCGGAGGGCUGUAUUGUACCUGUGUAUCGGGUGAUAAUGGCGGCAGUGUUGGGUCGGAGGUUGGUGUGUGUGGCCCGGGUCUCUCCUGGGACUGACAGCCGUAUGUCUGCUGUCCUGUUUGUACGAGGCAAGCAGACUGCCACAUGGUGGGAUGAACACCUCACAGAGGAAAACAAAGAGUAUCUAAAACACGCAGCUAAAGAGGAAUAUGAUGCAAUGACUGCUAGCAAACUGAGCCCUCUCAAAGAUGAGCCUUGGCCUAGGAAAUCGUGGGAGCCUGGCUCAAACAGGGUUGGUGUAAUAGCAGUUAAGCUGGGAAUGGUACCAUUGUGGACCAAAUCAGGGGAAAAGCGUGCUGUUACUAUGUUGCAGGUUCGAGACUGCCAUGUGAUAAAGUAUGUGCCAAAAGAAGAGGCUGGUAAUAUAAGUGCCGUUCUUACAGUUGGAGGGAAAACUGUAUCUCCAUUCUAUAAACCUGAAUCUUUCAUGGAGUUCUACAGCGAAGCUGGGGUGCCACCAAAGCAGAAAAUCAGUCAAUUCAAAGUAUCUGACAAUGCCAUACUCAAGCCAGGUACUCCCCUUUAUGCUGCACAUUUCCGUCCUGGUCAGUACGUGGAUGUCACUGCCAAAACGAUUGGUAAAGGAUUUCAGGGAGUAAUGAAAAGAUGGGGAUAUAGUGGACAACCAGCAUCACAUGGACAAAGCAAAACACACCGUAGGCCUGGUGCUAUCGCUGCUGGAGAUCCAGCGCGAGUGUUUCCAGGAACAAAAAUGCCCGGACCUUUGGGGAACUUCUACAGGACAUCUUAUGGUCUUAAGGUGUGGAGAAUAAAUACAACACACAACAUCAUUUAUGUGAAUGGCUCUGUUCCUGGACACAGCAACUGUUUAGUUAAGGUCAGUGACACAAAUCUCGCUCUCAAACAAAAAGGCUUUGAAAACCUUCCAUUUCCUACUUUUUUCGCUGAUGGAGAUGAAGAGUUGCCAGAAGACCUUUAUGAUGAGGAAGUGUUCCAGUUCGGUGAACCCUCUGUCGAAUGCUCUUAGCAUUUCUGACAUCUUCAUUCCUAUAGG